AUACUGUUUGAAAAUACAAACAUUAUAGCAUAAAUCUAAGCACUGUGUUGCUUGUCUGUGUAUGUUUUCUAUAUAAGCACUCAAACCAUCCAAGGGUUAUGUUAGAAUGAAUAAGAUUUCAUCAAUUACAACAAGGGUAAUAACAUAGAUUACAAUUUUAUUUAGAAUACUGUACUAUAACGCUAAGGCUAAAUAGUUCUACCCUGCAAUACUCAAAUAAUGCUGUCUUUAUAUCCAUACUUUAAAUCAUCAGUACAAACUUGAAAACACAUGAAUGAAUAGGCAAUACAACAAUAGUUCAGAAAAAAAGAAAAAACAAAACAGAAAUAAUUGACAAAAUAGAAACAAAUCCUUCCCUCAUCACAACUGAUUUUAUUACUGUAAAGGAACAGGGGCAUGAAGAGGACGCCAGUGGCUUAUGUUCAGGAAAAAGGUCUAACAGUGGUUGGCACAGUAAAAGACUACAGAAAUGUUACUUACUAACUGUUGCCUGUCUCACAAUUCAGGAUUCAGAAUUUGGUGGGGAAUCAUUUUAUUUCAAAACCUUAAAGACUCAUCAAAAUAUUACUUCACUGUAAUGCCUAAUAAUUUAAUUACAGUAAUAAAAAUGUGUGUCGACUGAUCUCUGAUGAGUUUUUAAUUUUUUUUGGUAGCUAAAAGGUUUAAUGUCAUGUUACUACAAGUUUCACAAACAACACUUUCAAACCACUUCUAUGUGUUGUGUGAUCUCUGAGAGAGCCACAGCACUGAGGACAAAAUGCUCUUGAGGACGAAAUGAUCUUCAAUAAAUCUUCAAGGAAGCUCAGGUGGACUGUGAUCUCAUCAUGAAUAUCCAGUGUAAACUUGUUAUGCUGAUACUUGCGCUGACUCUUGAUGAUCAAGUUCAUACAGGGGAAAUCAUUGGAGGUCAUGAGGCUGUGGCACAUAGCAGGCCCUACAUGGUGCUUUUGGAGGGAGAGAUGCCUCGUGGUAAAACAAAACACUGUGGUGGCUUUCUUCUGAAUGAGGAUUUUGUGAUGACUGCAGCCCACUGUCAAGCCAAGUCCUACAACGUCUCACUAGGAGUUCACAAUGCCCAAAAAAAUGAUGGCCGACAGAACAUAUCUGUGGAACAAGCAUUUCCACAUGAAGACUACGAUGCAGCUGAAUACAAAAAUGACAUAAUGUUACUCAAGUUGCACUCCAAGGCAAAAUUUAGCAAAAAUGUGGAAUCCAUUGCUCUCGCAGAUCAAAGUGGUGACUCACUACCACAAUCAUGUAUUGUCUCCGGCUGGGGCAGAACGGAGAACAGCAAUAAAUAUAUGUCUCCUAAACUCAUGGAAAUCAAUGUAAAACUAAUUGAGACGUGUGUUAAAGAAAAAUCAUACUGCUCUCAGGGACACAAUGGACCUGAUGUGGGAGACUCUGGUGGUCCACUGGUCUGUGAAGAUGGAAAAGCAUACGGGGUGGUGUCCUCUGCCUUCAGUCCACCUGAAGGUGGCCCAAAAGUCUACCAUUAUGUUAAGAUUCCUGACUAUAGAAGCUGGAUUGAUACAAUUAUGAAAAAAUAAAAGAGUUCUUAUACAUGUAACACUUGAUUGACCAAAUCAAAACAUUUGAAUUUACAGUCCUGCCAUACAAAAGUUUGGAUUUCCUUGCUUUACACAGAUUUAAUCAAAAUAUGCUACAUAUGACUUUUUUUUUUUGGCAAGUUCAGUCAAACGAUAUAAAAUAUAUGAAUGUGGUUUGGUUAAUUGAAGAGAGUGACAUGUUUCUGCUUUUUAUGCUUAAGCUGUUUUUCUGCUGCAGUAGGCUACAAAAUUGAUAACUAUAGUUUCUGUCAAUGCAUUUUAGGUUAUUCUAGACACAUUACAAAUUUAAACCAAGUAUGUGGGUUUUUCGAGGCUAGACUUCAAUACACCAAUAAUGGCACACAGUAUAGGUUGGAGUGACGGGUUGGGGUACCAUUCAAAAAUUUAGACUCAGUGAUGUUUAAUCAGUGUAAAUAUCUAUUGAUACAGUAUUAGAUACAUAUGUCCUACUGCUCUUAAAUGCAUUAUAUAUAUUAAAUACAUUACUGCUUUUGCAUCUAAGUUUUGAAUUGAUGAAAUGAAAACAAAGAAUCCUGUUUUGUACCAUCUUUUUAAACAAUAAACUGUUGCUACAUGACCAAUCA